AUGUCAGUCAACCCAUCUCAUGUCAAUCCGCUCGAUUGCAGCGAGGUAUCCGAACAAUGCCCAGUCAAGGCCUCGAUCUACGGGUACUAUCCUAUUCUAGCAUCAAACGCCUUUUUCAGCGCCCUCUUUGGGCUUUGCUUCAUUGUCAAUCUUGGCAUCGGCUGGCGCUCUAGGACUUGGUCCUACAUGCUUGCAAUGUCCCUUGCCUGCAUAUCUAGCUGCAUCGGCUAUGUUGGUCGAUGCCUCAUGCACCGCAAUCCCUUCGACUCCGUCGGCUUCGAGAUCCAGAUAUGCUGCCUCACAUUCGCCCCAGCUUUCAACGCUGCUGCUAUCUAUCUGAUCUUGAAGCAUCUGGUCUUGCAGCUAGGCAGAGACUGGUCAAGGGUCAGACCGAAAUAUUACACAUGGGCUUUCAUCACAGCCGACUUUCUUGCCUUGACUCUACAAGCAGCGGGUGGAGGCAUUGCAGGAUCCGCUGGAGACGAUGAGAGCUUUCGAAAUGUCGGAGACAGACUCAUGAUUACUGGUAUCUCCUGGCAGGUCUUGACUCUUCUGAUAUUUGGUGCAGCCGUCACGGACUAUUCUAUUCGACGGCUGAAAUCUCAGCCCCUUUCCGAAUCUGCGCGGUCUCUGAUACUCGAUCCGAAGUUCCGGAUUUUUGUGAUCGCACAAUUAAUCGCUUACCUUGCUAUCCUGAUUCGAUGCGUCUACCGAGUUGCUGAGAUGGCCAAUGGGUGGCGCAAUCCUAUCAUGCAGAAUCAAGGCCUCUUUAUCGGACUUGACAGUGUCCAGGUUGGCGUUGCCACAAUCCUUCAAACAUUUCUCCACCCCGGCUACUUCUUCCCAGCACUCGAAAGCUACGGGCAACGCAAGAAGGCCCAAAAGGCUAGUAAUGUCUCUUACGAGAUCAGCAGAAGUGAGAGCCAGAUGGAAAAGGCUUUGGUUUAG